AAGGAGGAGCCGAGCGCGGAUGGUGCGCAUACCCGCCUGACUCCGGAAGCCGCCGCGGAGGGCCCCGCUUUUGCGCUGCGUGACUUCUUGUCCUAGCUGCCGCCCCGCCGACUUGGCGCCACAGUCGAGCAGGUAAGGGUCCGUGGGGUCGCCUUGCAACUUUCUCUCCUUCGAACCGCAGCCUUCCCCCUCUCCCUGCCCUCCGGGCCUGCAUUCGGGCUUCUCCCCGGAGCAGGAACAGGGAAACUGCAGCGAAUUAGCGGUCUCUUCCAUGGCUUCCAUUGUUCCCCGGACGGUUUCCCCAGGCUCAGGGGUCUUCAUCACUCGCCACGGUGCUUUCGUGGUCCGCUCAGAUUUGGGUUACUUCCUUCAAACACUUGACUUCUGCUCAGGACAAGAUCUCAAAAUACAGCCCCUCCAUCCUGCUUGCCGCGGAAAGGACCACUAUGUGGGAGACCCCAGCAGUUCGGCCAUCUAUCUCCUGCACGGGGACUCCUUCUGCCAAGUGGCAGAUCUGAACUCCGAGCCUCCCUCGGACGUCUUCCCAUUGCACCCCAGCUGCCGUGGAGCAGACCACUACGCGUUCUGCAAGGGAUGUUUUUUCAUCUUCUUCCUGUCACGAGGGGUUGUCCUCUGCGUGGCUGAUAUGGCCACUGGGGCCUUGAUUAAAGAGAUCCACUUGGAACCCACCCUUCUCAAUGGGCUGUACUACUAUGGUGCUGAUUCUGCCCAUCUCGCUUGCUUCAGGAUGGAUGAGGAACAACAGCUUCGCGGCACCCGUUUUGCCACCACUGCAGGACACAAGGAGUCCUUUGCGAUCGACCCAGACGUGGUUUCAUUCCUCCCAGGUGGACUGUCCAUCACCCACGGCGCUGCCUUCGGUCAGUGGCAGUGCCUCAAGCUCCUCUCUAACGCAACAGACAUGCCCAUGCCCAGCAGCAAUGAAAUAUCCCGCAAGGUUGGCUAUUCCAAGUUGGAACUUGGGAUAAAAGCUCAUGUUGAGAAAUCAGUGAAUCCAGAAUCACUGGCAAUGUCUCUUCUCCAGCACCAGUUUGCCCUCCCUAAGAUCUACGGAGGGCUGGGACUUCAGACCGAGCAAGAAGAAUGGGAAGAAGCAGCAGAGGAAGAAGAACCCCUUCGGGUGAUCCUGCAGCCCAGGCAAAAGCUUUACUGGUGGCAUUACUGCCUGGGUUUGGGCAAGACGCCCAUCUUGUAUUGCCGGUCCCUGAAGAUCACCCGCAACCCUUCAGCCCCUACAAACAUACCUUUGCCACAGGCUGAAGUUUGAAGUCAGACUUCAGGACGGAAGCUUUUAACAGGGCUAGGAAGAAGUAAAUAAAUAUAUACAUGCAUGUACUUCCUCUUCUUGUGUCUUUCAGUUGCAAAUUACAGGUACA